UAAUAACUGAAACACAGAACCUGAGACUACAGAGCCAGAGAUGACUGUCAUGUCAUGGACACUGCUGGUAACAUGGCCCUGUUGUGAAUGGACUGCACGGGCAUUAUUCUAAAGAGCUCAGCUUAAAGGCAGAAGUUGUUCCUGACCAAAAAGUUCCAGCAAUGGUUAAAAAUACCUUCUCAGCAGGCUUUUCCUGUACAGUGUAGAUCUCUUUAAACUUCUGAUCAGACAAAAAUAAGAUUAUUUCUUUAUUCAAGUUCGUGCUUCCUGUGCUUUAAUUAUCCUAAUUGGGGUAAAUAAAUUUUAUUGGUUAGAAUUUCUAUCAACAUGAGUUCUGCUCUACACCAAACAACCAUGUUCUUCCAAUAAGAAAUGAUAGAAAUAUUAGAGAAGUCUAAAGUUUUUUUAUCUUUUAUGGAUGUCAGUGUAAUAUAAAUAGUGACAAGUUUUAUCUUGAAAGCAUCUUUCAGCAAUCUUUUCCUUGGAUAUUGAAACUUGCUCACACUGUAUAAAUAUCUUUUAAAAGGAGGAACAUUGGUCUCCCUUAGCAAAACGAUAGUCACCUGGAUUGCAAACCUUUACAACUUGCUUUUUUUUUAUCGCCUUCCUUUCCUUUCUGUUCCUCAUUUCCAGGCCCUGAUUAUAUCAAACAAAGAUUUCAGGAGGGGGUAGACGUUAAGGAAAAUCCAGAAGAAAAGGUACCAGAAAAGCCACCAUCACCAAAGGAAUCCCCACAUUUUUAUCGCAAAGGCACGACACCCCCCAGGUCCCCUGAAGCUAGUCCCAAGCAGAGUCACUCUCCCCAGCCCUCCUCCCCAAAGCCCACGAGGAAACAGAACCCCAGCUCAGGAGCCAGACUCAGUCAAGAGAGAAGGAGCAUGACCGAGGAGCAGGUGACAGCCGUUGUCAAUAAGCCCUUGAUGUCAAAGGCUCCUUCAAAGGAACUCGGAGCAACCGUGCCCAAGUACUCUGGCCGCCACCAUGUCCCCAACCCCAGCAACGGGGAGCUGCACUCUCAGUAUCACGGCUACUAUGUGAAACUGAACACGCCCCAGCAUCCUCCAGAAGACGGGGAGGAUGAGAGUGGAGCCAGCCAGUCCUCCUCAGCAUUGGUACACAGGCCGUCACCUAACAAGUGGAGUCCCUCUCAAUCUGGGACAAAACCAGUUGCCAAAGAAAGCAAAGCUGAGCCUAAAGCCAAGAAGUCUGAACUUGCUAUACCAAAGAAUCCAGCAAGCAGUGAUUCCUGCCCUUCGGAAAAAGAAGCCAAUUCAGGCCCUAAUUCUGUCAUGAUUGUCCUGGUCAUGCUGUUGAAUAUCGGGUUGGCCAUUCUUUUUGUUCACUUUCUGACUUGAUUGGAAUGAGGAAAGUGAAAUCAUGACAACUAGUGGAGUUAGCCCACACUUCUGCCAUGGUGUCCUCAGCCCUUUAAACGGCACACCCCAGUCAGACUCAGGCAAGGAGGCUUGGAAUUGGGAUGGGAUCACGAGAGAGAUGAAACUUGGAAAAUUCAGCCAGAGGAACUGUUCAGGUCCCCCAGGAGUUCUUUGUGUCUUUUGGGGUCCUCUGGGAGCUGAAGCACACAGCCCUGUUGGAGAGCAAAGCUUAAUAACGAUUCUUUUUUAAAAUCUGCUGAAGCAGCCCCAUCCGGCGAAGUUCUUGGCAUUGGCUACUCCAUCUGUCCUAGCAGAGUGUGACUAAACUGGAAAUGUAUGGACCUGCAAUUUUUUUUUUUUUGAUGGAAGUCAACAGCUGCCUUACUAUUUUACCAUCUGACGUUUUUAGUAGGGAGCUGGGGAGAGAAGACCGCCCAAAGAAUGCCGUCUGAGGAUUGUGUUGCGGUGGGCACGGUUUCAACCUUCACUCCUAUCUCAUUAGAAGAAGUAGGCAGCAGCGUCACUCAGCAGUCUUCUGCGGUGACCUGCUGCUGUGACAUCUCCUGGAAUGUUCUGGGAGGGAACGUUUCCUUUGCUUGUGCACGACCCUGCUCAUUUUCGCUGUUUAUUUAAAUAUGAUGCACAGUCAUCUUCCACCUGCAACCCUGGCUGGAUGAAAACACACAGGUUGCAUCUCAAGGAAAAGCAGCAACAAAAGACUAGUUAAAAAGGAGAAACAUAGUGUUUAUUUUAAUAGCAAUACAUCAUUUUCAUGUUGUUUAUUCUUUCUAAACCCAUCAAAGGCUAUUUAUUAAAAAUGUAGUGAUCUGAAGGUACUAUACCUUCCAAAAACAUAAUUUAAUUUUAAAUAUUUUUAACAUCACUGAGGUGAGUUGUGGAUGCACUCAGGAGGUGCUUAAUUUUAAAAGCUGAAAGACAACAGGAUACUAAGGAGUGUAGUCAAAACGUUGCAUGGAUUGCAGUCAUCAGUGGUUAAGGGUUCGGUUUCAUUGCUGACAUACGUUACAACCAAAUAAAAUGUUGUCAGUGGCUAUGUUAAUUCCUAUGAAAGUUAAGCAAGAGCCUAUUAAUAGCCACCCUUCUCUUUCUCCACCCUGCCCCUCCCCACCCUCAAAUUUUGGUUGAAUGCAUUCGGGUAGAUAGAAGCUUCCUUAAGUCGCUGCUCCUCGAUUCUCUGCCCUCCACACUUUUCAAAGUUGUUUUGUAAUCUUCUUUUAAACUUUAAAAGACAUAGACGGUUUUGUUUUAAAUAUUUGUCUUUUGCUGUCCUGUUUUGUUCUGACAUUGAUUUUUUUUCUAUUAUAUAAUUUACUCAGAAGCAUGCUUACCUAGAGAAACUAUAUGAUCUUUAUAAAAAAUAAUUAUUUAAAAAGAAAUCAGGGGAGGAAAGGUAUGUCUGAGUCUCUCAAGGGUGUUACCUUGUGGAGGGGGAUCUCUUCCUGGAUGUCAGCCAUGAUGUCAUGGUGUCAGCCAUGAUGCCAUGGUGUCAGCCGAGUCUCUCCGCGCCCAGCUGCCUCUUUAGUGUGGAAGAGACGGUGUGUGUAACUCCAGGUCAGCACAGGUGUGGGCUGCAUGCUUCGUCACUUGCAGGGUAGUGACCCAGUGGCGAUUUUUUUGCACAAGUGCAAUAGAGUAAGUAAUUCCUGGGUGUGACCAAGACGGGUUAAAGAAGGCAGAAAGAGAGCGGGUGAAAAUAAAAUUACAACUUGUAUAUUUAUUUUUUACAUUUUGCUUUGACUUUUAAAUUUAGAAAGUCCAUUUUUACUCAAGAACAAACUGAGUCCCUAUGUCAGUCUCCACAUUAUCCCCACCCCUUCCUACCCCUGUAGCUCCGUAUGCUGGGAAGGCGGAUUUUUUUUUUUAAGAAAAUAGAAUAUUUAAUCUUAUUAAGUGUUUAUUUAAAUGUGUAAUGAAUGCUUUGAAAAGAAUGGGCAACAGAGGACUAAAGGAUGUUUAUAAAGUGAGCAUGUUGGCUCCAUUUAUAAAUAUAUAUAUGAUUUAUAAGCUUUUUUAAAACAAAGCUCAAAUUGUGGGUAUUUUUCUAAAAUGUGCACAGCUGUAUUUUCCAUGAAGGAUCUUUCUAAUAGGUUGUUAUACUGUACUCUACAUUUUGGACAGCACAUGAAGUCUGCCAAUGUACUUAAUAAAACAUGACUUUGUUUAUUUCAAGUUUCUUGCUGUGAAAAAGAACUCCCUACCGGUGAGUUCCUUAAUUUAUAAUCCUUGAAACCAAAAUGUAUAAUGUACAGUUUCCACAACUGUAACUGCUCUAAUAAAAAUGUUGGUUAUUAAUAAA